UGUGUGUAACAUUGCAAAAAUCGCAGCCUUGUUGUUCUUCAUCUUUUCUUAAGCUGGUCCUCUGACUGUCUAUUUAGCCAAUUAAUACGAAAAAAUGGGUUUCGUUGGAGUUCCGAUCUGUGUGCAGUGUGGCAAUGCUAGCAAUCCUUGUAGGUGCAAGGUGGUGGGGCCAACACUUGGUUUCUUGGCAUUUGCUGCGGCAGCAAUUGUAGAAUGGCCGGUUGGUGCUCUGGUUUAUGUGUUCCGUCACUCCAAGGGACGCCGGAUUAUGGGUCAUCCAGCAACCGUCAUUUAUCCUUCAGUCACCAACUCUAUUCCUAUUUAAUUUAAUUUUCCUUUCAACAAAGAUCCGGUGCUUUG